AUGGCUUCAAAAGCUACUCCUAAAUCAUCAGAAGAUCAACAGUGCAAAGCAACCAAUCCAAAGCGAAAUGGUCCCGGUCCUAUGCCCAAAAAAGUUUUGAAUGCAAGCAAAUCCAAACUUGUUGAACCUCCAGCCAGUAUUAUAAACAAGCCAAGCUCUUCCUCUUCUGCCGCUGAAAAUAGAGCCUCAUUGGAGGGCUCGAGUUCAGUUUUGGAUUCUGUCGAUCAAGACAAGGAUAUAUCGGGAAAUGAAAGUUUCAAGGACAGCUCAGUCUCAAGAAAGACCAACGAUCGGGUUGAUUUCGUUGAGAGUGGGAAGAGCAGCAUAUGUAGGGGAAGCACGGGCAGCGAUGUGAGUGAUGAGAGUAGCUGCAGUAGUUUCAGCAGCAAUAUCAGCAAGCCCCAUAAAGUGAACGACCUUCGAUGGGAGGGAAUAAGAGUGGUCCUAUCAAAGAAUGGGGCAUUAGGUUUAACCCACUUCAGGCUCCUCAAGCGACUGGGCUGUGGAGAUAUUGGGAGUGUCUACUUGUCUGAGCUGAGUGGCACUCGAUGCUACUUUGCGAUGAAGGUGAUGGAUGAGGCAUCAUUCGCAAGCCGAAAGAAGUUGCUGCGGGCACAGACGGAAAGGGAGAUUCUGCAGUUACUGGACCAUCCCUUCCUCCCGAUCCUAUAUACCAACUUUGAGAUCGACAAAUUCUCUUGCUUGGUGAUGGAGUUUUGUCCUGGAGGAGACUGA